GAAAAGGGCAAAUAAAAAUAAAAUAAACGCAUGGGCCUCAACAUCGCUGAUGGUAUAAAAUAUAAACCCUAAAUCGGAAUUGUUCUUUUUUCGCUCUCUCUCUUCUUCACUCGUUCGAGCUUCAAGGGAGCUCCUGUAGGACAUGCUUAUUUAAUCAACACAUUUGUCUCGUAUACAAAUUCUUUACAUAAAUUUUGGACUAAUUAGUUGUGGAAGGAUACAUGGCUAACUCUCUGCCUGGUGAUGCCCCUCAUCAUGGUACAAACCUGCAGAAAUAUUCUCAGGAAAAACCAGAGGAAGGUGGCCGUUGGUACUUCUCUAGAAAGGAAAUUGAAGAUAACUCUCCAUCCAGACGAGAUGGCAUCGACUUGAAGAAGGAGACUUAUCUACGCAAAUCCUACUGUACAUUUCUACAAGAUUUGGGCAUGAGACUUAAAGUGCCCCAGCUAACAAUUGCUACAGCAAUAAUUUUCUGUCACCGAUUCUUUCUUCGGCAAUCCCAUGCAAAGAAUGAUAGAAGGACUAUUGCUACAGUGUGUAUGUUUCUUGCGGGGAAGGUGGAGGAGACUCCUCGUCCACUAAAAGAUGUAAUCCUCGUUUCUUAUGAAAUUAUCCAUAAAAAGGAUCCUGAAGCUGUUCAGAGGAUCAAGCAAAAGGAGGUAUAUGAACAGCAGAAAGAAUUAAUUUUACUGGGUGAGAGAGUUGUACUUGCAACUCUGGGUUUUGAUCUAAAUGUGCAGCAUCCAUAUAAACCUCUUGUUGAUGCAAUAAAAAAAUUUAAGGUUGCUCAAAAUGCCCUAGCUCAGGUUGCGUGGAAUUUUGUGAAUGAUGGACUGCGCACAUCUCUUUGCUUGCAAUUUAAGCCCCACCACAUUGCGGCAGGUGCCAUUUUCCUUGCUGCGAAGUUCCUCAAAGUAAAGCUUCCAUCAGAUGGCGAGAAAGUCUGGUGGCAAGAGUUUGAUGUCACCCCGCGGCAAUUGGAGGAGGUGAGCAAUCAGAUGCUGGAACUGUAUGAGCAGAACCGACCUUCAACUAACAAUGAAGCUGAAGGAAGCACUGUAGGUGGGGCGACUCAUCAGGCCACGUCAAAAGCUUCGUCUGGCAAGGAAGAACUUGCAACAACUAAUAGAGAUAUCACUUCAAGACCUGGAACCUCAAAGUCAAUAUCACUUGCAGAUAAUCGUAGUGGGGCACCAAAAGCCACCCAUAAUCAAGGUAAUGAGCAUUUAAGCGGAGAGAUGAUAAGUGCCUCUGAUCACAAUGCUGGUGGUGAAUCCACAGAUUAUGUAGACUAUGAAAUGGAUACAGUGCCUCGCCAUGAGAAUAUGGGGGAAGCUCAAAACACAUUGAGACCUGCAUCACAUGGGAAGGAAGACCAGGAAAGGAAUAUUGCAAGGGGUGAAAUAAGUGAAGCAGGGGAAUUAAAAGACAAACAUUUUGGUCGAAACCUAGAAAAUAGAGAAGGUACAAUAGGCCAGUCCCCCCAAGACGCUAUUAAAAAAAUUGACAGAGACAAAGUGAAGGCAGCACUGGAGAAACGAAAGAAGUCCAGAGGUGAUGUGACUCGGAAAACAGACUUCUUGGAUGAGGAUGAUCUCAUUGAGAGGGAGCUGGAGGCUGGUAUUGAACUAGCUGCUGAGAGUGAAAAGAAUAAGCGGGACAGGAGGCAAAGCUGGUCUAAACCCUCGGACAGGCAAGAACAAGAGAACUCACAUCUUGAGAAACAUCAAGAGGAUUCCGGGGAUGGAGAACUUCCGGGAAUGAAGGGGCAGUUAUCAAAACACAAGUCAGAUUUCAACAAUAUGGAAGAGGGUGAAGUUCCUGAUGAUAUUGAUCAGGGUUUCCACUCCCCCAAAUCAAGCAAUCGCAAGCGAAAGUCAUCACCGGAUAAAGUGCCUGAGGGCAAGCAUCGGAAUAAUCAUGACUACUUAGAUGACCGUAGCAGGAUGAGCCGACUUGGGUAUGUGGAUAGAGAUCAUAAAAGGCAUGUACCAGAAAAUCACGUCUGAGGGGGUGGCAUUGUUCCUUGGAGCAUAGUGGUAAGUUCUCUUUGGAUGAUUAUAAUUGUUUCGAAGGUCACAGUGGCUAUCAGCUGUCAUCAAUCAUGUGGUGAGAGUAUAACAAAUACAGGGGUAUAAACAAUGGAGGGCCUGUUUUUUGAGUUGAUUAUUUGGACUGAACUUCCAUAUAAUUUGUAAGAAUGGAAAUGCAUUGAUCGGAGUUCGAAAUUGUCUUACACUGCAACGUUCCUGCCAUCACUAGUCUCUUUUAGAACGUUUGGAGGUCGUUAUUCAUGUAUAAUAAAUUAUAAUUUUGUAGAGGUGAUGAUCCAUUAAAAAACUGUGUCGUUGGAAUUUUUCAAUCAUAUAUACAUUGAUGUCUGCUGUUUUUAGUUUCCUGACA